CAUCCCAGCAUGCAUUGCGAGGUCUGCAGCAGCCCCUUAUUGACAAAAGAAAAAAACCCAGCAACAACAGGGUGGGUUCGGGACGGCAAUUGCCUCCGCUGGUGUAAUCGACAUUCAACGAAAGUACCAUGCCAUAGAAGCCACAAGUGCAUUCUUCUAAAGGGAAGUUGACGCCAUAGCUUGUGGCGCGCGGGAAGGUGGGGGGCUGGCAGACUGUGGACGGGGACGGAGGAGAGCUCAGCUGGGGCCAAUGCAGCAGCAGCAUCGACAGCCUGAGCUGGUGGAAGGAAACCUUCCCGUCUUCGUGUUCCCCACUGAGCUCGUCUUCUACGCAGAUGAGCAGACGUCUCACAAACAGGUGCUCACCCUCUACAACCCCUAUGAAUUUGCCCUCAAGUUCAAAGUGCUGUGUACAGCGCCAAACAAGUACACUGUGGUGGACGCCAUUGGAGCUGUCAAACCGCAGUGUUGUGUGGACAUAGUAAUCCGACACAGAGAUGUGCGGCCGUGUCAUUAUGGCGUGUACGACAAGUUCCGCCUGCAGGUGUCGGAGCAGAGUCAGCGGAAAGCUCUGGGUCGUAAAGAGGUCACGGCCACGUUGCGUCCCUCAGCCUCGCAGGAGCUGAGCAGCCAACGCUCACACGAUGAUGAACGCAGGGUCAAAGAGCAGCUGGCAGACAGCGAGUUUUUUGAACAGACCGUUUUUCAAACAGAGAGCCGUCCUGUUACAGGAGGACCAAGUCUGUUGACGGUGCUGCUGGGGCUGGUGUGUGUGGCUGCCCUCAUGCUCCCAACCCUGGGGGAGCAAGAAUCUACUGUGCCUGUCUACCUCCACUUAAGUGUUAACAAGAAACUUGUAGCUGCUUAUGUUCUUGGACUUCUUACGAUGGUCAUCCUCCGCACAUGAUGGACAAGAAUAUCAGAAAUGGUCACAUACCACCGCUGCAAGGAGUUCAAAGCUCCCAAUAUGCCUUCACUCCUGAAACAUGAGUAUUUUAUUUUCCCUAACCCAGGUUUGUUUGACACACUGAUGCAAACAGUGACUCCAGUGGACAAGUCCCAGAAUGAGGACCUGUGAAGAAGCGUGAUUGCUGUGAUGGCCUCAUGCUUCUUGUCUGCUAUGAAACCGAAUAGUACGCCAGAGUGAAGGAACAUUCAUGUAUAUAAAGCCAUAGCAGUUUUCUUAUCGUUUUUGCGUGUUACCAACAAAUUGAUGUUUUGAAUCAUUGUAGUGUAGAUUGAAGACUUAAAGGGCAGUUUUCUGCAUGAAUUGGUACCCAUGUAAUUGCAUUUUUCCAACUGUGAUGUAAAAAGGCCUUUUUUUUAAAAAGAUAUUUGUUGUACAAUAAUAUUCAUAACAUGUAAUAAAGUGUCAGUUCAUCAGUGU